AUGUCCCAGUCAACGGCACCACCCCGCCGCCUCGAGAUGUUGUCAAGAGAUCGUUCUUGGCUUUCAGGGUUGUCUUUAUCAGAUGUGCACCUCUUGACGAAGUCGUACUUUGAGCACUUCCAUCCGUCUUGCCUCAUCUUAGACGAGAACGUAUUCUACUCCGACAUCCUCAGCAAGGCUUUGCAGAUAAACUUCGCAAAGGACCAUAGCACAUGCACUGUGCUGCUUGUCUGUGCCAUAGGUUCUAUUGCCGCCUACUACUCUGGGCACGAAGACUGGUGCUCAAGCUUUGAACAUGACGUCGGUAUCGGUUUCUUCAAUCUGGCAAACGAGAUGUUUCGCGAUCUGGAAUGCGCAAACUGGAGCAACGUGGAGUGUCUACUACUGAUGGGAGUGUUCUAUUCUGCUAAAAUUAGGGUAUAUGAUGCGUGGCAAGUAAGCCAUCGGGCUUGUUGCACCAUCUUGAUCUUAGUCCCCCUGCAGGGAACCUUGGGGGCACGGGAAUGCCAACUAUUCUGGAUUGCAUAUCUGCACGAGAGUCAAAUCCUCGCUGAGUUCGACUUCCCAGCUAGUGGUUUGGGAAAGCUGGCCAGCAGCAUACCGUUGCCGCUCAUGCCUGGCGCGGGAACAGACCCCCAUUACGCUAAAUAUCAGUUCUUCUUUCUAGCUCUUAUCUCGAUGAGAAAGCUUCUAAAUCGGAUUCUCUUCCACUUGUAUAGCAGAGAGCAGAAUAGCGAAAACCCGAGCCACGAUUCGCCAUCAGCUGAGAAGCCCACGGCGUUCUUAUCAGCAACUCCCUCUAUCAUUCAGGAGCUAGACCGUCAGCUCGAAGAAUGGCGAAUGUGCUUGCCAUCUGGGCUCGAAUUCUCUGCAUACUCAGAGGCCCAGCAAGCCGGCGACCAAAAUAUGACUCAGAUACGGCCGAUCCACGAACGUUUACGUGGAAACCUCAUGACGCGAUAUUUCGCCGCCAAGUCUAUUAUCCACCGCCCAUUCAUCUACAGGGCUCUACACUGUGAACAUGGUAGCAUGCUGUCCGAGGAGGAUCAGAUCGGUGCCCAGACCGCUAUCGGAAGCGCGUUCAGGUGCACCCUCUACAGUGGAAUCUUCCAUGAACCUCUGCCGUUGCUAUUGCAUCCUAUCAACACUUGCCGAAGGUGUGGUCCAGACAGCCAGAAACCGUCUUGA